UGUUAUUUGUACCCUACCGAUUAUUGUGCUUCUACUGCUUUAUUGGCUCUUUCACAAACGUGGUGUCAGUUUCCCCUCACCGCCUUCCCUCAGUUGGUCGUUUUGUGCUUGAUCACAUGACGCUAUUCGCUCUCUUAAUCUGUGUGAGUUGUGAAGCGAUAGUGCCAAGACAAUGGAUUCCGGCUCUUUCCGGUGGCUCUGAGCAAUAGGACGACAGGCAGUGGGCAGAUAGUGAGGCACAAGAAGUUCAACCUGAACAUGAGGAGGAACUUCUUUACUGUCCAGGUGACUGAGCAGGAACAAAUUGCCCAGAGAGGAUGUGGAGUAUCCCUCUCUGGAGAUCCUCAAGCACCAUCUGGACACAAUCCUGUGCUGUGUGCCUCUGGGAUGACCCUGCUUGAGCAGGGAGGCUGGACAAGAUGACCUCCUGUCAUCCACUCCACCCUGACCCAUUUUAUGAUCCUGUCAUAAAGCCUUGGCUAGCAUAGAGCCUACACUUGAAGUGUGUAUUUUUAACCUAAUUAACCUAAUUUUAACCUAGUUAGGUAAGGUAAGAAGGAAUAACAUGUUGAAAUGGGAAGACAUUAGUAUUAAUGCCAAAAAACCCUUCAGUUUUCAUGUAUGUUGUAGAAAUAGAAAUGUAAUUUACCCAUACUGAAAUAGGGAAAAUUGCAAGUUAACAAAAAAAAAUCUGAAAGUGACACUUCAGUGUGUGUAGUGUGUAAGAUAAUUGAGAGCACAGCAUUAAGGACUGCAAAUCAGUUAGCUUGUGAGAGCCCUGUCAUAUUUCAUAAUAUGUACAUUUUGAAAUGUUGGAUGAAAUUGGUCUGGAAAUUUAAAGUCAGCAACAGAAUCAUUCAAUCAUUUUUGUGUGAUGGAGGUUUUCUGGCUUUCUCUUUCAGAGUUUUAUUCAUGGAAUGCUUUAAUGGUGUUGAACUAUAGUGCUGUAAGGGACAUGGGCAGAAUAGGUUUUUAUCCCACUCCAAGACCCCUUUUAAAUUUCCAAAGCAUGGGGUUCUUUUUCUCCCCAUGCUUUUGUUCUUCUCCUUCCCCACUAUCCCCCCAGACCUUCUUUCUUUGUCUCGUUAGCAAUUUUUUGUCUGAGAAAAAACUUAAGAUUUCUUAGUUUUUUCUUUCUGGGCAGUCUGCUGGAGGCAUUUCAGAAGUCUUAAUAAAUUAUGGGAACUGGUCCUGUUUUAUAUUGUGGAGACAUUCCAAGACUCCCAAGAAGAUAAUGAUUUUCCUUUGCAAAAUCUAUGCUCAUUAGUUCUUUUAAGAUCACGGUAACCUAGAUUUUCUAAUGUUCCACUUUAAAUGGAACAGAUUUCCCAGGAAGACUUAGUAGAUUGGCUACAUAAGAGUUCUCUAGUGUAAUUCCAUGAUUCAAUGAGAUGUUCUGAUUUUCUUUUCUCAUCCACUUUGCAAUGAGGUACUUGAAUUUUUGAAGUUCUAGUUGAAUAUUUCACUCCUUUUAAAUUAGGUUUUCAGCAUAAUUUUCUCUGAUGCUGUGUUUUUGUUCUGAAAAAAACAAAAGAUGGAGUUAGUAAUUUGUGCUUCAUUAAGAAGGCAGAGGAGUGCAAUUCCUCUUUAUUACCUAUUUUUAAUGUUUCUAUUUAAUCUCUAUGUUUUUGGUGAGCUUAGUGAUACACUAAGUUAUUUUUAAAGGCUUCCUGCAUCUGAUUUAGCCUGUUGGUUGUUUUCCCUGGAAAAAAAAUAUUGCCCAUUCUUAUUUUUCCUCUGUUAAUUGCUGGUCUCAUUCAGGUAUCUCUUAAGUGAGAAAGCUAGAAUUAAGCUUAGGAAUUUGUAUGUGUUUCUUUCUGACCCAACGGUUUCUCAAAGUUUUUAAUUUAAUUUGGGUUGAUUUUUCUUUUUGCUGUCCAGUGCCCUCUUUUCUUGGUUUUCUGUAUAUCUUUCAGGUUCUUUUGUUAUUUUUCUAGUAACCUUCAGGAUGCUUGAUUUGUUAAUCAAAUAUAUUCUGAAUUCAAGUGAAGGAGAAACAUAUUAGCACAUUCAUUGACGGAGCAGAAGUAACUGUUUCAAAGCUUUGCAGAUACAUGGAGGCUGAAUGUUUAUCAGAAAUCACUAACACAACUGGUCCUGUAGAUGCCAAGGAAGAACUCUUGGGUGAAUGUGAAAGUAUUUGGAAGCAGAUGGAAGAGUGUCAGAGCAAGCUAAUGCUUCUAGGAACAGAGACACUGCUACAAUCAGAUGCCAAGCUUUCCUUGUUAAUGCUGCGGUGGAAAGCUUUAACUGUAGAUUCUCGUCAAUGGCAAGUGAGAAAUCCUGAAAUAAUUUCUACCAAUCCAGAUGCACUGUUAGAAUUAGGAAAAGAAGAGUUGCAGAAGGUAAAAAAUGAUCUUGAAAUGGUCCUGUCAGCAGUUCGGUCAAAGAAUAAACAACUGGAAGAAGAUCUAAAAAGAGAACAGCAGUGGUAUGAGGAACAGAAACAGAUGCUAGAUACUCUUAAUAAAAUUGAAGAAGAGGCAAAUACCCAAGCUGAACAACAACCUUCCACAAAAAGUUUGAAAGUGAGAGAGUUCAACGAACUGAAAAGUAAAAUACUGAAAUUAAAGACCUAUAAGAAAAAACUCUUGAGUGCUUUGGGUGAAUUCCUGGGUGAACACUUUCCCCUUCCAGAGAAAGAUGAAAAUAUUGAAAACAAGAACCCUUCUUCAGAGAAAGCUGUAGAACUGAUAACAUUGCAAGACAUUUUAGAGAUGCUGAUAAACAAAUUAAUGACCACACCACAUGAACCUUACAUAACAAUCAAUGAGUCAUUUUGGCCACCUUAUAUUGAGCUGCUCCUGCGAUGUGGAAUGGCCCUGAGACAUCCAAAAGAUCCAAACAGAAUGCGCCUCCAAGCUUUUCACAAGUAGUGUGACCUACAAAUGCACACAUGAAAAAAAAAACCAACACCAGUACUCUUGGGCUAAAAUUCAGGGCUAGGACAUACUUAGUUUCAUACUAAGCUUUCUUAGUAUCAAUGAUCACAUCUUGUUGGAUUUUUUUUCUUUUUUAUUAAAGUGGAUUUUUAAAAGCAUGUUAUUUGGAAAUAGGAAAAAAAAAAAAGGAAUCUAUUUUAACUGCUUACAGUUGGCCUUCAGUGUCAUAUCCAGAUUUUCACUGUGGAAGGUUUUUUUAACUGCUUCUAAGUAAGAUAGAUGCCAAUUAAUGUAAUAGACAAAAUCUUUUUGUUUUAACAGUCCUUUUAAUUUUAAAAGUCAUACUUUAUACAUUACUUUUAUGGCUUAGAUUUCUUAGACUGCCUGAAGUUGUCUCAGUUUCCUUUAGUAUUUUCUUGUACAUUGUAAAGGCAGAAUUCAGAAUAAUACCACUCCUCCUGUGCAUGGCCUUGCAAACAUUUGGAACUAACAGACGACAGGUAUUCUCUUAAGAAAUGUGUUAUGCCUUGUUUGUUUCUCAGAGCCUUGGCAAACAAUUUUAUUGGCUAAGAUAAACAGUUAGGAAACCUGACACAUUUUUCUGUGCGAAGUGUAGCAGAUGUCGAGUCUGUGCCUUUCACUGCAUGCUUCCCAAAUGGACCAUUUUGUUUGCAUUUUGCUUUGUUUACUAUAUUGCCUUACAGUAUCUGUCUUCACUUUUUCAGACCUGGUUUAUUAGGCUUUUAAUGGGUCUCUGUUCUGUUCAUCUCUACCACUUCUAAAUUAUGUCAGUUGAGAAUUACCUUCCUACUCAAUGCUGGCAUUCUGUGUAAUCUGUCUUUUCUGUAGCCAUUGUUAUCGUAUUGUAUUGAGUACAAAAAUUAUACUCUUGCAUAUCUGUAGUGACUAAAACUUUGUAAGAGAAAGUUUGUCCUUUAUUAACCAGAGUGUGGUUUAUUGAGGGAGGAAUUUUGAUGAUUUUUCAAUAGAUGGAAAAAAUAAAGAGCUAGUAUACUAUCACAGAAUGUUUUUGUAUGAUGAUUUUUAGAGUGGUAUUUAUGUGAUUUGAUGUGGUGACUUGUAAAGAUGAUUUAAGGACACAUGGGAGAGGUAAGGGGGACCAAUAUCAUGUAAGUUCCAGUAUAAUUGUCCAGUAUAAAUGUUAAUUAUAAUUAAUUAUAAUUAAAUGAUAAGCAAAAAAAAUCAUUCAUCUUGUGUAAUUGUGGGUGAAUGCUGUUCAUUUUACCCUCACAACUGGUGAUUAAGCAUGAAUAUAGACUGGUGUGUGCUGUUGUGCAUGAACGUUGACUUUUUUUUGGUUCAUAUUGCUUGUGUAACUACCCUCCUGUUGUGGUUUAACCUCUCUUAUUCACUUAUGAGCUCUAGUGUCUUACUAAUCUAUGCACAUUCACCUUAGAGUAUUUUUAACUAAGAAUUCAAAUAACUACAUUUUUUGGCUUAGAUUUAUAGCAUUGUCUCUUUAGGUUUUUUCUCUUCAUUUGUGUUUAAAUGCUUUGUAUUCUGCUAUCCUUUCACCUUAUUAUUAAUACUGCUCAAGUACUUCAUUGAUGCUGGAUGACUUCUUCUGUCAUGACACUGGUAAGUAGAAGAAAAAAUGUUAAACACGCAGUAGCCUCUUGUGUUUAAAAAGAAGAAAAAUACCAGCCCAUACUACUUGCCUCCCAAACCAAAGCACUGAGGAGAUAGGAUACUCUAUAAACAAGUGCUCUGCAGAAGAUGCAAUAUUCAUUAUUUUUCGUAUCAAAAUCAAACCUCAUCCAAGUAAAAUACCAGAAUAGAUUUAAAUGAAAGUACCUCACAAAAAGCUUUACAUGAAAUUAUGAAACUCACUGCCAUAAAAAAUGUUGUAAGAUUACAUAUGAACUUGCAAAAAAUGCUUAUAAAAAUCAGAUUUCUGAGUAGUCAUUACAGAAAAUUGUCAGCCAGCAGGUUCAGAAUCUAUCCCACUAACAGUUGGACCCUGAGGAGAUACACAUAGAUAGUCCCUGAUAUCCCUCUGCAGCUCCACAGUAUUUUCUGCAUUCUCUGAAGCCUUUCUGCUUAGGCCCUGGAUAUGCUCAGAACCCAAAGGUUCAGUGUAGAGCUUUUUCCUCAGGGUUGAUUGAAUCAGUACAGCAGAAGAAAAGCUGUAGGGAGACAUAAUCCAUUUUCUCUCAGCCAAAAAUGCAUUGCCAGUUUUUAAGAGAACCUGGUUUAUACUGAAACAGAGCUAGCUGAAAGCUGUAGCUCCUAGAAAAAUCCUGACAAGUAAAUUGAAGAAAAUCAAGGCAGUGAUGAAGAACAGAUCUUCCUUUUGAAAAAAGCUAGGAGUAACCUCUUUCAUUGGUACUUUCAGCAAUCAAGAAGGUUGGGGAAUAUGUUGAAAGAGUAGGGUAAUGUUUCCAUUUUUUCUCUCUGUGUACAUCUAAGUAACAGUUGUUUGUUUGGAAUUAACACCUCUAUUAAAUGCUAACACUGGGACUCUGCAUUCUAUGAAAUAAGGAUUUGUUUAGCUUACUGUCAAUUUUUAACUCUAAAAAGGUAAAAUAACAAAAAGCCAUGAUAUUAAAUUGAGAGCUACCAAGCCUGAAUAAGAUGACAAACUGAUCUUUGAGCUGGUAGUCCUUGUGGCCAAGAAGGCCCAUGGUAUCCUGGGUGCAAUAGGAAGAGCAGUGCCAGCAAGUAGAAGGUCAUCUUGCCAGUCUGCCUGUGCCUUUGCUUCUUUCCCUUUACUUGACCAGCAGUUCCCACCCAGCCAUGCCUGUCUAGAGAGAAUCAGGCCUCUUGGUAAACUUAAUCUGUGUAUUAUAAGAGGUCAAGACAGAUGUCAUGACAACAAUCUGAAAAAGGACAGAUGUCUAUGAUCUCAGUCAUUACUUAGUAAAGGAAGUGCUGUACUUGGCUAGGUCUGUUUGAUUAGGCCCGUAUCUCUGGAAUACUGGCGUUGCUUUGGAACCUGUCACAGCUCUGCCUUGGCACCAGAUAAGCAGGUAGCUUCUCCAUCUAGCACAUACCGUAUUGUCCUAGUAUGGAGCUGGUGAUUUUAGUAUGGUUAAGAGUAAGAUGUCACAACUGUGUCACCAGCCAGGACAUAAUUCACGGAUGAACAGUCACCUGCUCAGUCAGAGUCCUUGGGGACUGGUGCUUUCUGCUGUGACUGCUUCAGUAGAAAAUCUCACCCCAAGGGGGAAUUAUUUGAAUAUUAUUUGAAUAUUCAGAUUUGGUGUGAUCUAGAUAUCAUUUGAUCAUUUAAUAUCAUAGACUGGCAUUUACAUGUAGAAGAAAUAAAUUACUCAUUAUAUAGUAACGAUUAUUCUGGAAUGUGCAUGCUGGGCAGAGCCCCUGAUUCUUGCUUUCUGGAAUACAUCAGUACAUCAAACUUCUUAUUGCAAGGAAAUUGAUGUAGCAACAGGAAGACCUUCUUGCACGUAGUGUUACAACGUUACAAGGAAGAGCAGAGCAUGCCUACCUUCACAAGCUCAAUUCUGCAAAGGGCUGUUGGGACAAACUUAUUGAUGUGAUUUCCUAGUGAAGUUACUAAAUUGUUCUGCAGAUUUUCAGCUUCUGAUAGUGGCAUUAAAUGGAACUGCUAUAUUUAUCUACAUUUUUCAGCAUUGAAAAAAGAUCUGAUUUUGAGAGUAUGGUGUAAAAGUUUCUGGAUGUAAAGUUUUGGGAGAAAUACUCAUGAGAUUUGUUUGUGGUUUUGAGAGAGUACGGGUGAUGCUAAUGAAGACUGCUGUAGCUAGUUACAGUCAUAUUACAUAACCUUGGAAAAUUAAGAUCUUGAAUUCUUGAAUGUUUGUUAGUAUUUUGGUAAAGUGACACUAUAUUUUCUGUAUCUUAGAUUGUAUUUGAAGCUUUUUUGAAAAAAAUAAAAGUCCAAUAAAAGCACGCGAUGGCA